CCGCCUGUCCCUUCCCACCUCUAUUAUUUUUUUAACCAACCCAGUCGCAGACGCCGCUUUCAGGACUCGCUGGUUUGUUUGCGACGGAAGCCUCGGUUGGCUGGAUCGAUGGGCUGCUCCACAAUGGAUGGAGGAGAAGGUAGUGCCGACCUCGUGAUUAACAAAAGGUUUGUGUCUGAAGCGGAGAUAGAAGAACGGCGCAAGCGAAGGCAGGAAGAAUGGGAGAAGGUUCGGAAACCCGAAGACCCUGAAGAAUGCCCCGAGGAGGUGUACGACCCCCGCUCGCUCUACGAAAGGCUCCAGGAGCAGAAGGACAAGAAGCAGCAGGAGUUUGAGGAGCAGUUCAAGUUCAAAAACAUGGUCAGAGGCCUAGAUGAAGAGGAGACCAAGUUCCUCGACGAGGUUUCUCGGCAGCAAGCGCUAAUAGAGAAGCAGCGGCGAGAAGAGGAUCUCAAAGAGCUGAAUGAGUACAGAAGCACUUUGUCAAAGGUGGGGGUCAGUGCUGACCUGAAGAAGGAAGCAGACAAGAAACUGCCGGCGAAAUCAGCAGAAAACAAGAGCAAGUUCUCACAGGCAAAGCUGUUGGCUGGAGCUGUGAAACAUCGGAGUUCAGAAGGUGCCAACAGCGUGAAAAGACUGAAACUUGAUCCGGAUCCUGACCAUGACAAGACUCCAGAAAAGCCGCCCUGUGUUCCUCUGAGCAGCGGCUCCAUGAGCGGCUCUGCCCUCCACUGUCCUUCAGCUGCCGUCUGCAUUGGGAUCCUGCCGGGCCUCGGGGCCUACUCUGGGAGCAGCGACUCAGAGUCCAGCUCGGACAGCGAAGGGACCAUCAACUCCACCGGGAAGAUCGUCUCCUCCGUGUUUCGGGGAAGCAACUUCUUUGAUGCUCCGCUGUAGGCGUCUCCCCAGCCCCUUAGAAGCAUGGGUAGGGAUGCUCGUCAUUUCUCUGUUUCCAUCUCAACCAUCCCCUAGACUCGCAACUUCUGUUCUCCUGUCUCCUUUAUUUUCCAGAGAAUACCAAAAUAAUGUACUGAA